UGCAGAGCGGACAUUCUCUAGUUGUUCGAGUUUGACAAUGAAGACGCCUUUCUCUGCUGUCGUUCUUCUUUUUCUUCAUCAGGUGUUCUUCACCUCGGCUAGUGAUAUGAUAGGCAACAGGUCUAGAUGGAUGUCUUUCGGUGCUAAACUCGAGGAAGUAACUUUCACAGACGGGCAAAUGCGUCUAGCUGCUGUGUGUGAUCAUGGGGCACAGAUGGAUGGUGAGUGUUGCUCAACGUCUGACUACAUUCCGAUUAAUCCAACGAAGGGUUAUGAAUUCAGCAUCUACAUCAAAUCGACGGCAUCUGACAUGCUAAACUCGUUUGGUUUCUACGUUUACAAUGAAAGCAAAAAAAGAAUAUUGAAUCCUAAUUUGAAUGAUCCAUAUUUCAAAAACAGUGAUAACGAUUCAAAUGUGUGGACCAAAUGGACGGGCUACAUUCUUCCUUUCCACAUGUCUGACUCGAACAGUGACAGCCAACCGGAUUCUCAGUUUGAUGAAGCAAAUGGAGUAGAUUGGAAGUGGCCACGUUAUGCUAAAUAUGUUGCCGUACGAUUUGGAUCGUGUGCUAAUGACAGUCAAAACUCAAAAAGGGUCAUCGUUCGUAGGCACUUUCCACAUAUAGAUAGUACUUCUGUGCCAACUUCAGACUCUGUCAAGUCUACAGAAUAUGAAGAUGUUACGCCUACCAGCUACGAUACUAAAUUUACUCUUACUGACGAUUCCCCUGGCCCAUUUGCUGGUACAAGUGAAAGUAACCCUGUACCUGGAACUGCAGCUCCUACUGCACCUCCUACUUCACCUUCUACUGCACCUCCUACUUCACCUUCUACUGCACCUCCUACUUCACCUUCUACUGCACCUCCUACUUCACCUCCUACUUCACCUUCUACUGCACCUCCUACUUCACCUCCUACUUCACCUUCUACUGCACCUCCUACUUCACCUUCUACUGCACCUUCUACUUCACCUCCUACUUCACCUCCACCUGUUACACCAGCUCUAGACAAGACAUUGUACUUGAAUCUCAGCUUUCGCGAACUCCAGGCUUCACGGCGUCCUGAACAUGUUGUCCGGACCUUUAACAUAUCUGACUUCCAUGAAUGGGCAUCGAAACCAAACAACACUAAAGCAAAUACUGCUAUAGCCAAGAUGGUGGAGGGGAAAGAGGAAAAAUGUUAUUAUCCGUGGGGCAUUACACAUCGUUUUGACAUUGAUUCAAGCAAAUCAUAUGAGUUUAGUGUUUAUAUCAAAAGCACACAACUCGAUCUUCACAACUUUCUUGGUUUUCAAGUGUAUGACAAAGACAAAAAUGUUCUGACCUACCCAUUACUUCCAAGUGACUAUCAGCAGUAUUAUUCUAAUGUCACAACCACACCGUAUUUCAAAAGAAGUAACAAUGAUACAAAUGAGUGGACAAGAUGGAAUGGAUUUGUACUUCCAGACGGAACUGAUGACAUUUUUUCCCACCUCAAAGGACGAAACUGGGUGUGGCCACGAGGUGCCAAAUAUGCGCAGUUGAGGUUUGGCACUUGCUAUGGCAAAGGAAACGAUCAAGGCAUCACCUAUUUCGCUCUUCCUCUAGUGGUGCAGACUGAUUUCUAGUCAUAGAAUGUCAUGUACUUGUGUCGUUUCAGACGAACCAACAGCUAGUUAGAUACGUAUAUGUAGAGCGAAUCUGAAAUCGUGCGUUUGCAUGCACGUUUUCAAAUACGAUUCUGCAUGCUGUUUCGUGAACGCGUUUGUCAACUAUUAGUUGCUGAAUACUUUCUGCAUAAACGAAUGCUCAAACUUGUGAGUUCUCAAGUCUUUAUAGGCGACGAAUAUAGCUAAGG